AUGGCGUCGUCUGUCCCGGUCCCGGUCGCCUCGGACAUCCACGAGCAUCCCAGCGGAGCCUCAAAGUGGACCACGCUCGCCGUUCUUGCACUCGCAAUAUGGCUUGCUUUCUACUCCAUCAGGAGCUAUCUCGAGUACCGGUGUGACAUGGCAUUCAGCAAACAGCACGGGUGCGAGCGGCCGCCCGAGUUGCCCAACCGGUGGCCGCUGGGGAUCAACUGGAUCAUGCAGCUGUGGAAGGAGGACGCGCGGGGCGAGGUGCUCGAGUUCAUGAGCCGCGUUGCCGACGAGUACCCGACCAACAUGCUGUCGCAGUUCUUCCUGUUCGGGCCGCGGUACUUCCACGUGGUGGCGCCGCAGAACGUCGAGGCUAUCCUCUCGUCCAGCUUCGCCGACUACGGCUUCGGCGUGCGCGCCGACGUCUUCCGCCCGCUGUGCGGCGCCGGCAUCUUCACCGAGGAGGGCCCCGCCUGGAAGGCCUCGCGCACCCUGCUGCGCCGCCACCUGGUGCGCGUGCAGCCGCGCGCUCUCGACGGCCUGCGCGAGCACGUCGACAACCUGCUCGCGCGGCUGCCGGCGGAUGGCGAAGGCGCGGCUGUCGUCGACCUGCAACCGCUCUUCUACGACCUCACCCUCGACACGGCCUCGGCGCUGCUGCUGGGCAAGUCCAUCUAUGCGCUGCGGCAGGGCGCCGCCGCGGCGACCCCCGAGGCGCGCCGCAACGCGCGCUUCGCCGCCAGCUUCGAGACGGUCCUGGCCGGGCUCUCGCGCCGCUUCCGCAUGGUGCCCUUCCACAACCUGUACCGGCCCAAGGCGUUCCACGACGCGUGCAGCUUCAUCCAUGGCUUCGUCGACGGGUACGUGGCAGAUAUCCGGAGCCGGAAGAUGGCCGCUGCGCCCGCGUCUCUUUCUGAAAAGAGCGGCGGCGGCGGCGGCGACGACGGCGACAGGUCUGGCGGCCUGGUCGGCCAGAUCAUCGACAUGAAUCCCGACGCAGACGACACGGCCAUCCGCAGCCAUGUGCUCCACGUGCUGCUGGGCGGCCGCGACACGACGGCGUCCUGUCUGUCGUGGACUUUCCGGCUACUCGUCCGCCACCCGCCCGUCUUCCGCAAGCUGCGCGGCGAAAUCACACAGACGAUCGGCGCCGCGCCGCGGCCGACGCGCGACGACAUGCGCUGCAUGCCGUACCUGGCGCAGGUGGUGAAGGAGAGCCUGCGGCUGUACCCGCCCGUGGCCAUGAACGUGCGGCAGGCGGUGCGCACGACGGUGCUGCCGACGGGCGGCGGGCGCGACGGCCGCAGCCCGGUCCUGGUGCGCCGCGGCGAGUGCGCCGGCAUGUCGGCGUACAUCACGGCGCGGCGCACGAGCGUCUUUGGGCCCGACGCGCGCGAGUUUCGGCCUGAGCGGUGGGAUUCUCGGGACGAGGGUGGGGACGGGGAGGAGCUGCAGCGGUGUCUGGACGCGUUUUUCGCCUUUAGUGCUGGCCCGCGCCGCUGCAUCGGCGAGGACUUUGCACUCGCCGAAGUCUCGUAUGUUGUCGUGGCGCUGUGUCAGGCGUUUCAGAUUAUUGAGAUUCUGGACGAGGACCGUGGUAAGCCGCUUGGUUCGGAACGGCAGAAUACUGGGCUGGUCAUCUCGUGCAUGGAAGGGUGUAAGGUGCGUAUGAGCAGGUGUGCUGGGGAGAGGGGGGAUGAGGGCAGUGCCACAAAGACCUGA